AAGACAUGUCGAAACCAAGGAUAUGUGUGAUAGGUGCUGGACCGUCCGGUUUGUCAACAUUGUUUCAUUUCGCUAAAAUGGAGGAGAUGCCGGAAAUUGUUUGCUACGAGAAACAGCGCACGUGGAUGGGUUUAUGGAACGUUUCUUGGAAAACAGGUCUGGACGAGAACGGAGAACCUAUUCAUACAAGUCAGUACCAUCAUAUGUGGUGUAAUGGUCCAUAUGAGUCACAUCAGUACCCAGAUUACCCGUUUGAGCAGCACUUUGGUCAGCAAACUCCGUCAUUUCUUCCUCGUGCCGCGAUGAGAGACUAUCUCGAAGGUCGUUUUACAAAGGCGGUUGCACAUGGACGAAACCUUAGAGACUAUAUACAUUUUAAUACUGCUGUCCGAUAUGUGAAGUACAAUGACAACAAAAAUAACUUUACUGUCAUUGUCAACGAUUAUAACACAAGCAAGAUACUAGAAGAAACAUUUACACAUGUUAUUGUGGCAUCCGGAAUCUACAGUUUUCCUAAUCUGCCUGAAAUUCCUGGAAUGGAACAGUUUAAAGGUCGUAUUUUACAUUCGCACGACUUUCGAAAUCCAAGGGAAUUUUCUGGACAAAGGGUGUUGUUGAUAGGAGCUGGAUAUACCGGCGAAGAUAUUCUUCUGCAAUGUUUGAAAUAUGGCGCGAAGCAUGUGAUUAUGGCAUAUAGAACAAGGCCAAAAGGAGACACCUGCAUUAUGCCAGAGGGUAUUGAGGAAAGACCAAUUGUUGAACGGUUUGAUUCGAAUAAAGCAUAUUUCAAAGAUGGGACCUCUGCUGAAAUUGACUCUGUAAUAUUAACUACAGGGUACAGAAACUAUUUUUUUUCCUGGAAGACUGAUUUAGAAUACCGGAGGAGACACAACCUUAUCCUGAAGGGCUGUACAAAGCAACAUUGUUUUAUAAGGAGGGAAACAAUCGUUUAUUUUAUAUAG